AUGCAGCAAAGCGAUACUGUGAUGGGAGACGUAACUCAGCAUGACGGGGGCCUCGAUAUCCCCGAGCUCCCGGAUCCGUUUCUCCCAGAGGAAGAUUUUACCAUGGAUCCGAACUCAACAUCUCCCAUUAGCCAUCUAACCUCUAGUCUAUCGAGUAAUCAGAGCUCAGCUUCGAACGAAGAAGCCUACAUUCGGUCAUAUUUCAGCACUUAUCAUCUUCUUUAUCCCUUUGUUCACGAGGCAUCUUUCAUGUGGCAGUAUCGGGAGAUUAGCUCGGUAGCCCAUCACACCGCAUGGCCAAUUCUCUCAAAUAUGGUUGUGGCGAUGGGGGCAUGGUCUACUGGAGAGGACUCCUGCAACAUGAACAUGAUUUAUUCCGAAAGGGCAAAGAACUGCCUGAAGCAGAUCUCGGUGUUGGACAAAGGCAACGUUACCUUGUUGCAGGCUCUCUUGUUGCUGAGUGCGUAUAAUGAGAAACGCGGUAACCCGAAAGAAAGCUGGAACUUUUUGGGACUUGCAGUUCGAAUGAGCAUCGGCCUUGGACUCCAUAGAGAAUCUACAUACACGAGCUCUAGCCAAAGCCUGCUGGAAAAAGAGAUCCAAAGAAGAGUUUGGUGGAGUGUAUAUUGCACUGACAGCUGUUCCUCCAAGAUCCACGGUUUACCGCUACUACUUCCGGAAGACAGACUGAUCGCAGUUCGACCAGUCCUCAACAUUUCUGACGAGGCUCUUACUCUACAAACAACUACACAUCCACCAGAGACUGAAGAUCUUCCUAUAUAUACUGGCUUGAUUCAGCAGGCCAGUUAUCAUCGGCUGGCGAACCGUAUCUACCGUCGACUACUCUCCGUCGACCAAAUCAGCGCACAGGAAAUGAAGUCCCUAGAGGACAUGAUAGACAAUUGGCACAUCAACUCUUCUCGAUAUAGCUUGCCGUUCAACUCGAAACAGCUUCCCGAAUGGGCUAUAUUAGCCCGUGACCGGCAGCUUUUAUGUGAUCGAAGUCUCCGACUCCUCGUUCAUCGCCCAGUACUGCUGCGCCUGCUCGAUAAAAGGUGUAUAUCUACAUCUAUAGAGGGGGUCGCCGAGGAUGGAGGGCUCGCUGAGCGGCAGUGCCGGGUCAACGCCCUUCAUACUGCUCGGACCACGAUCAAGAUCGUGGCGAACUUGAUCAGCGAGGGUCGAUUCUUGAAAACAACCCUUUCGUUUAUUUUGUAA